AUGACCACUUUGCUACUUGUAUUUGUGAGUUUGCGAGUCAUCACUGCAGCCAUCUCUGUGGAAGUUUUAGAUCAUGGGGCCACCACACUGAGUGUGAGCAUACCUUUACAUUCCCCCUUGCGUGUCCCCCUGGGGCACACUCUGACCAUCCCCUGUUACUACAUUGACACACUGGAGCAUGUUACCACAUCACCUUCUACUGCCCCCCUGUCCCCGAGAAUCAAAUGGAGCAGGCUCUCAGAAGGACGGGAAGUUGUCUUGUUGGUGGCCAUAGAUGGGCAUGUGAGAAUCAACACCGCAUACCAGGAGGUGGUUUCUCUGCCCAACUACCCUGCCAUUCCUACUGAUGCCACCCUAGAAAUCAAGGCUCUUCGAUCCAAUGAUACCGGGACCUAUCGGUGUGAGGUGAUUCAUGGCAUCGAGGACAGCCAAGAUACAGUAGAGGUGAAGGUGAAAGGCAUCGUAUUCCAUUACAGAGCCAUCUCUACCCGAUACACGUUGGACUUUGAGAAGGCCAAAGAAGCGUGCAUCCAGAACAGUGCUGUCAUUGCAACCCCUGAGCAGCUGCAGGCUGCCUAUGAGGAUGGCUUUGACCAGUGUGACGCUGGCUGGUUGGCAGAUCAGACUGUCAGGUAUCCAAUGCACCAUCCCCGAGAAGGUUGCUAUGGAGACAAGGAUGAAUUUCCUGGUGUGAGAACAUAUGGCAUUCGUGAAACAGACGAGAUGUAUGAUGUGUAUUGUUAUGCAGAGGAAAUGGAAGGUAAAGUCUUCUAUGCCACCUCCCCAGAAAAGUUCACUUUCCCAGAAGCAGCAGAGAAAUGUCACAGACUUGGUGCCCGUUUGGCAACUACAGGAGAACUGUACCUGGCCUGGAAAGAUGGCAUGGAUGUUUGCAGUGCUGGCUGGCUGGCAGACCGCAGUGUUCGGUACCCCAUCUCCAAGGCACGUCCCAACUGUGGUGGCAACCUGGUGGGAGUACGAACUGUGUACCUCUACGAUAAUCAGACAGGGUAUCCUCACCCCCAUUCUCGCUAUGAUGCCAUCUGCUACACUGGUGAUGACUUUGACACAAUCAUCCACGAGAACCUCACUGAUGAGAAAAUUGGUGAACUGGGCAGUGGCUUCACCAUCCAGACAGUCACCCAGACAGACGUGGAGCUGUACUUCCCACGCAAUGUCACAGAGGAGGAAGCCCGGGGCAGCAUUGCAACAUUGGAGCCAAUAGACUUUACAGCCACUGCCUCGGAGCUAGAUGAAGGCUUCACGGCAACUCCGGAUCUCUUUGCUACUGACUUCAUUGAUGAGGCAGAGAACAGGACUGAGGUGGGAAUUUGGGAGAGUCUAGAAAAUGCCACCGUCUCAAUGCCAGACACUCUUUUCACCACUGAUACUCCAGAGGUGAGCUCGGUGGAAGAGACCCUGUGGGCUACUGCAACACCAGCACUGGAGUCCGCCUCUCCGUUUACAGUAGAGGAUCAGAUUGCGCCAGGGACAGCUGCUCCUGACAUUGGACACAUCCCCAGGCAGCCCAUGUUGUCCACAGGCACUGUCUUUCAUUACCGACCAUCCACUGACAGAUAUUCCCUAACCUUUGUCAAAGCCCAGCAAGCUUGCCUGGAUAAUAACGCUGUUAUUGCCACUCCUGAACAACUGCAGGCUGCCCAUGAGGAUGGUUACGAUCAGUGUGAUGCUGGCUGGCUGAGGGACCAGACGGUCAGAUACCCCAUUGUCUUUCCACGGAGCAAAUGUGAAGGAGACAAGGAUGAUAUCCCAGGGGUGCGGACAUAUGGCAUGCGCCCAGCCUCAGAGAUGUAUGAUGUAUACUGCUAUGUCGACAAACUAAAUGGUGAGGUCUUUUUUGCAACCCAACCGGAACAAUUCACCUUCCUGGAAGCACAAGAACACUGUGAGAGCCAGAAUGCUACUCUGGCUUCCACUGGACAACUCUAUGCUGCCUGGAAACUGGGUCUAGACAACUGCCGUGCUGGCUGGCUGGCUGAUGGCAGCCUCCGCUAUCCUAUCCUGCACCCCCGUCCUGCUUGUGGGGGGGACAAACCCGGUGUGAGAACCACUUAUUUGUACCCCAAUCAGACAGGAUUCCCAGACCCACAAUCAAGGCACCACGCCUUUUGCUUCAGAGCUCUACCAUCUCUGUAUGAGGACUUUGAGGAGGAUCUAAUUGCAACCCAAGUGGUCCCUGGGGUUGAGGAGGUCCCUUCUGGAGAAGAGACAACUGUGGAAAUGGAGUUUGCCACUGAUUCUGAAAAUCAGACUGAGUGGGGAACAGAGGUAUUUCCAACAAACAUCUCAUUGAUAUAUGUGAGUCCAUCAGCUGUUUCUCCUGUUGACAUUGAUGAAACAAGUGCAGAAGUUCCCAUCACGGAAACAUCUGUUGGGUGGACAUCAGGAGCUCCAGAUAUCAGUGGGAUGUUUGAACCUAGUGGGGAACUCCCUAGGUUUACAGAAAGUGGACUUCCCUCUGGAACCCUAGAUUUCAGCGGGCUCCCUUCUGGAGAAAGCGGGCUACCAUCAGGAGACACAAGUGGCCUGCCUUCUGGCAUUAUUGAAGUCAGCAUUUUACAUUCCGGAGAUCAAGAAUUAUCAGGGAUUGGUUCUGGAAUCCUAGACCACAGGGAAAUAAUCCCUGGACUUCAAGAAGGCAAAGGGAUUCCAGAAAUUAGUGGGCUGCCGUCUGGAUUUAGUGGAGAGGGUUCCAGUUUGGACUUUUUCAGUGGCUUACCAUCUGGAGAGUUUGAUUACAGUGGUCUUACAUCUGGAUUUCCAACAGUGUCUCUUGUGAAUGCCACAUUGGUGGAAGUUGUAACCACAGAGACAGAAAAGGAAAUGGAAGGGAAAGGAACGAUUGUGCUCAGCAGAGAUGGAGACUUAUCAGGCUUGCCCUCUGCUGAGUGGGAUAUUAGUGGGAUAACUAGUGGGUUACCCUCAGGAUAUGACAUCAGUGGAAUAUCUGAUAUCAGUGGGUUUUCGUCAGGACUUGAUAUCAGUGGAGAACUGUCUCGGAUACCUGAUAUAAGUGGAUUACCAUCAGGACUUGAUGCUGAUGGACAACCAUCUGGUCUACCAGAUAUCAGUGGGCUAUCCUCAGGAACUGACCUCAGUGGAAUCCCAUUUGGGAUACCUGAUAUAAGUGGGUUUGUGGACUUAAGUGGUCAAGGUUCGGGUGUUGAUGAAAGUGGUGAACCUUCUGGGGUUACCUUCAUUGGUGCUGAUUUGUUUGAAGUUACAACCCCUUCUACUAAAGAAGAAGAAGGGAAAGGGUUUGUGGAAAUAAGUGGCUUGCCUUCAGGAGAUGAGGAUAUAUCUGGCACACCAUCUGGAAUUUUGGACACAAGUGGUCAGACUUCUGGCCAAAUCGACUUCAGUGGAUGGACUUUAGGUACUCAUGAAGUCAGUGGACAUCCAAGUGGACUAACAGACAUUAGUGGAGAAAGUUCUGGUGUUGGUCUGACCAGUGGCCUGCCAUCUGGAAUUUAUGAUUAUAGUGGGCUGCCAUCUGGGCUUCCUACCAUCUCUCUUGUGGAUACAACUUUGGUGGAAGUUGCAACACAGCCAUCUGUUGCACAGGAAGCAGGAGAAGGAACAUCUGGAAUAUUAGAAUUUAGUGGGUUUCCUUCUGGGGAAACAUCCAUUGAACCGUAUGAUGUGACAACCAUUAGUGGACUGCCAUCAGGGGCAGCUGACAUCAGUGGGGCAUCAUCAGGAAUUCCAUAUUUUAGUGGCGAAAUUGCUGGAGUCACUGAUCUAAGUGGAGAGCCCUCAGCUAUAGCUGGGACUAGUGGUGAAACCUCUGGAAUUCCAGAGGUCACUUUAGUAACUUCUGAUUUAGUGGAGGCUGUGACAGAACCAACAGUUUCACAGGAACUGGCCGGCGGGAGAGAAGCAAUGCAUCGCCAUUUUCCGGAAUCAAGUGGCGAUGCCUUCACAUCUGGCAGAGAGGCUUCUGCAUAUCCCGAAAGUACCAUUAAAACCCCCGAAUAUCAUGAUAUUAUUGGCGAAACAUCUAUAUUUCAUGAAGAUAAUGUAGAAACUUCUACUAUUCAUGAAAUUAGUGGAGAGGCAUCAGUGUUGCCUGAACACCACCCAGAAACAUCAACCUUUUUUGAAACAGGUAGUGAAGCAUCUGCUUUACCCAAAAGCCACUCAGAAACAUCCGGGGUACCUUUUAUCAGUGGCUUGCCCUCUGGACAAUAUGAAGAAAGAAGUCAGAUUCAUGGGGAUAGUUCAGGGCCACCCCCUUAUCCUGCCUCAGAUGGUCCAGAGGAAACCUUUUCACCAGACAUUCUGCUCAGCACUAGCGAUCCAGAUUCUGAAACAACUGAAUAUGCCAAGAGUACAGAACAGCCCCAAGUUGUAACAAAGGUUUUUACACAUAUACUGUCUGAAACAGAAGAAACUGCUGUUCCAGAGGUUCCCCUUACUCCUCCUACUGCUACAGAUGUCCUGCCUGAAGUAUCACCAGAGGUGAUAGGGCCUACAACAGAAGACAUUGAUGAGUGCCACUCCAGCCCCUGUCUGAAUGGAGCUACCUGCGUCGAUGGCAUCCACACUUUCAAAUGCUUAUGCCUUCCCAGCUACGGAGGGGACCUCUGUGACAUCGAUCUGGCAGAAUGUGAAGUGGGCUGGACCAAAUUCCAAGGCAAUUGCUACAAAUAUUUUGAAGAGAGACACACUUGGGUGGAUGCUGAAAACUUGUGCCGUGAAUACCAGUCCCACCUGAGUAGCAUCAUCACUCCAGAGGAACAGGAGUUUGUGAACAACAAUUCCCAGGACUACCAAUGGAUUGGCCUCAGUGACAGGGCCGUUGAGCAUGACUUCCGGUGGUCUGAUGGACACUCCCUGCAAUAUGAGAACUGGCGACCCAACCAGCCCGAUAAUUUCUUUGCCACAGGAGAAGAUUGUGUGGUAAUGAUUUGGCAUGAGAAAGGAGAGUGGAAUGAUGUGCCCUGCAACUAUCACCUCCCAUUCACCUGCAAGAAAGGAACAGUUGCCUGCAGUAAUCCACCUGUGGUAGAGAAUGCUAGGCACUUUGGCAAGAAGAAGGAUCGCUACGAGAUCAACUCUAUGGUGCGGUACAAGUGCAACCAGGGCUACCUACAGCGCCAUGUGCCUACAGUUCGGUGUCAACCCAAUGGACAGUGGGAAGAGCCACGGAUAGCCUGUAUAGAUCCCUCCACCUACAAACGCAGACUACACAAGAGCAGCCCACGGUCUCGGUCAAGGACCAAUCGAGGAAUGGCACAAGGAACCACCCAUUAG